AUGGAAGAGACGAUUGAAAAGAAAGAAGAGUUGAAAUACAUCGUGCCAAGGCAGAAGAAAAUCUCAAAGCAACCAAUGGUUGGCAGUGGGGUGAGCAAAGAGAAGUAUGAAGAGUUGAAAAGGAUGUUGAGCAAGAAGGAUGAGGAGGUGGAGAAGGUAACCAACGAAAUGGAAGAUGAAAUACAAAAAUUAAAGAAGGAAAAAGAAGAAGAGCUACAAAAGUUGCGAGAAGAGAUGGAAGAGACGAUUGAAAAGAAAGACGCGGAGCUAAGGAAGGUGAAGAGGCAAAGGGAUGACGCGAAGCGUCCGAAACCGAUGCCCGAAGGCGUGAGCAAAGAGAAAUACGAGGGGUUGAAAAGGGUCGUCAAAGAGAAGGACGAGGAGCUAGAGAAGUUGAGGGAGGAGUCUGAAGAAGAUCUACAAAAAUUGAGAGAGGAAAAGGAAGAAGAGCUACAACAGUUGAGGGGAGAGAUGGAAGAUACAAUUGAAAAGAAAGACGUGGAGCUACGAAAGGUGAAGAGGCAAAGGGAUGAUGCGAAGCGUCUGAAACCGGUGCCCGAAGGAGUGAGCAAAGAGAAGUACGAGGGGUUGAAAAGGAUCGUGAGAGAGAAGGACGAGGAGCUAGAGAAGCUGAGGGAGGAGUCGGAAGAAGAUCUACAAAAGCUGAGAGACGAAAAAGAUCGGGAAAUACAAAAGUUAAAAGAGGAGAUGGAGGAUAUUGCAAGCGAAAAGAACGAGGAGGAGCCGCGUAAGUCGAGAAAGGAAAAGAACGAUCUGCAAAAUCGGUUGAAGAUAACCGCUGGCGUGCAACCGACGCUCAAAAGGGAAAGCGACGAUAUGCAAAAGAAGCCGAGCAAGGAGAAGGCCGAGGAAAUGCGAAAGCUAAGAGAGGAAAUGCAAGAGGAUAUAGAAAAGGCCAGAAAGGAGAAAGACGAAGAAACGAGAAAGCUGAGGGACCAGCUGUCGCAACACGAGGCCGAGCAACGACGUCGGAAGCAAUCGUGGACGCGCUUACCUACGACGAAGUACAUCACCGCCGAUCACGAGACGGCCCACAAGAGCAGAAGACGGCCGGUGCCACCAAAUACUUGGUCCAAGCAGAGCGGCAUCUUCUACGGCCACGAGAAUGGUAUGAGGUCGCCGGACUGCUGGGCGUUCUCGUACGGGAAUUUCAACGUGCACGUGGUGGACGAUGACACGAAAGAUUGGCCGGCUCCUCCUUCGAUUUGUGUAUAUACUGGGAUGGAGCAGACAUUCGACAAGAACAACUGGUGGUUUGUGAAGAUGGAACAUCCGGAUCAGGACGGCGGCGGCGGCCUUGCUAUGUUGGCGUAUUACGACGGCGAUCGAAGCUAUAGUGACGGCUACAGGGGUUAUACUACCAGGUUUCCGUUUCCUAGGAGCUGUAGUAUAUACACAAGCGCAAGUUUCUUCAUGGUUCAUUUGUUUGGCGAAAUCAAGCUUGCUUUCAUGUAUCGGGAUUAA